AGAAACCUACCAAAUUUGGGCACGAGAUUUUCUCGCCAUAAACGAUCUUCCAGCGUUUAGAGAGAGAAGGUCUCGCGCCCAAAUUCGGUAGGUUUCCAAUGAAAACUCGCGUACAAUUCCAAUAAGAAUUGUUUUCGGAUCUGUCGCAAACCCUAAAUCUCCGUCUAUUUCGUGCGCGCGGGGCCUUGACGAGCUUCGAAUGCCGUUAUCUGUGUCGAAUCUGAUCGUUCCUCACGUCGUCCGUGACACGGGUUAUGGUGGUUAUGGAUUCAGAAAAUUUAGAAGAUGUCAUUGAUCUUGAGAGCGGCACAAGUAGGACAAGCAGUCAACAAGAAGGAUCUGACAACAGUUUUAGUAGUGGGAAUGCAAAAAGUUUGUCAAUUAGAUUCCGGAGUGGCCUUGGUGGAUUGAUGAUGGGUGAAGAAGCUGUUAACUCGGGUAAUGUUUUCUCCUGUUCUAUUGAUGGUUGUUAUGAGAAUGAAGAAAUUUUAGCAAAAGAAAGGUUUGACAGAGAGGAAAAUGUGGGCCCUUUUAAGAAGACAGCAGAAACUAAUAGACCAAGAAAGAAGGCUUCCGUAAGGCCUCCAAAACCACCCCGGCCUCCCAAGUCUAUGUCGCUGAAUGCUUUUGACCAGAAGCUAGUACAUGAGAUAUCUGAGCUUGCCAUGUUGAGGCAGGCAAGAAUUGAACGGACGAAGAUGUUAAAGAAGAAGAACACCAAGGCAGCAUCUUCAAACACUAACUUGUGUGCCAUGGUUAUCACCAUUCUCUUCUUCCUCAUCAUUAUAUGGAAAGAUUGCAAGCUAUCCAUUGAGAUAUCCUUUUGGAAAGAAAUCUACCAGAACAUGGAAAUCAUGUUAGUUUUUCUUGUAAACACGAUGUCAUCAGCCAGCUUCAGCAAAUGUAUGAUGGCUGGUGUACAAGGGAUCUGGAUGAGAAUUUAAAAUUCCAUGCUAUUUUUUCUCCUAAAUUUUAGCUCCACAUUUUAACUGGGUUUUCCCGAGCAAGUCCAGCUUUCAGCUUUCAUGAUCCUUCCCGAUCAUCUUUAUUUGUUUGGAUAGGAUCAUUCUCAGUUUAGUUUCAGCAGAGCUUCUUAAGUGGAUUUUUUGGUUCACCAGAUUAGCUUCUUUAAAUGUGCUACAUAUUUUUCUUUGAUUAAUUGUACUUCAGUGUCACCAUACCAAUCCGCUAAUCCUUCUCAUUCAGAAAAAUCAAUCUGCUAUGGGAUGAUUAGGAUAUUAUGAUUGAUGAGACAUUAAAUACACAUGCCACUACUGUAAGAAUGGAGACACCAUACAUUUAGAAGAAAAAAAACAUUUUACUGGUAAAUUAAAGAUAAUGC